UGUUGGCACGUUGAUGAUGUCGCGGUUUUAGCGACACGGUUUAGUCAGGCGCGGUUUUGUCGUUCGCCCUUUUUUCGGGUCAUGCACAAGUCUUACAUUUGCCAAGGUUGGACAUCCUUUCUAUAGAUGGAAUACUUUGUCACGAUCCCUUCAUCAGUAUAGAUGGAACAGUAUCCAAUGGUACAUUGUAAAUAUCUGUAGGGAUUUAUCUUGCUAUUGCCAUGUAGGCUGUUUAGACAAGAUAAAAUAUGGAAUGUUUAGGAUAGAGAUAGGGGAUUUAUGGUAGCACGCUGGUUAGAAUGCAGUAUUGCAGGCUAACUGCCCACUGCCAGGAGUUCGAUCCUGAUCUGCUCAAGGUCAACUCAACCUUCCGAGGUCAAUGAAAUGAGGACCCAAAUUGCUGGGGGCAAUAUGCUGACUCUGUAAACUGCUCAGAGAGUGCUGUAAAGCACUAUGGAGCAGUAUAUAAGUCUAAGUGCUAUUGCUAUUUCCAUAUUUCCCUACGUUAUUGGGUUAAAUUCUUAUUGAGCUUAAUCAGAAAAUAGCAGCGUAACACACACAACUUUUCUUAUAUGUUUAAUUAAUAUAAGUAUGGCACGUUUGAUUCUGCCCCUAGUCUUCACAAAAUGAUGGUAAUGGUUUAAUGCUUUUAAAUUAAACUUUUGAUUAUUUUAUGGAAUGUGUGACCUACAUAAUCCAUAUAUAAUAUAUGCUGUGGCCUUCAAUUACUAUAUUGCUUUAUAUAGAGAUCGGAGCAGACCUUAAGCAAGAAGAUAUAGACCAAAGAGAACAGGAAAUACAAAAGCGAAUAGCUAAAGUACAGACUAAACUCUUGCUUCAGGCUGACGCAGACAAAGAAUAUGCAGUGGAAGAUGCUCUCACUCGUGCUGAAGCUCUGCACCAGAAAGAUAUUGAAGAACUUAAAAAGAAACAUCAACAAGUAUUAGAAAAUACUGUGAAGAAAACAAGGGCUGAAAUGCUGCAGCACCUGGAACUGGAGCUGAAGAGAGAAUCGGAGGCAGCUGAACAGAGGAACACUCACAAACUUCAGCGGAUGAUACUACAGCUGGCUAUGGAAAAAAUGGCAGCCGUGGCUGAAGGGAGGCAGGAUGAGAGAUGCAAGGCAGCCGUACUUCUUGCCAAACAGGAAAAAAAAUUUUCAGAUCAAAUCCACAAGGCUGGGAUCAUUGCUAACGAAAUUUAUCAGAAGAACCUGCAACAGUUAUCCUGGGAGAAAAAAUAUGAACUGGAAGCCGCCUUUCUGGUCUCCCAGAAGGAGUUUGAGGAAGAGACAAGGAAACUGCUUGAAAGUGCUGACAAUGUUCGCGAGGCUCAGCUUGAAGUGGUGAACACUGAAGUGACCAAGAAAGAAAGUGAAAUCCUAUCUCUGAACCAGCAGCUGGAAUGUAUGACAGCCUGGAAAGACAGCUUGGAAGCCGAAAUAUUAGAAAUCAGGGAAGCUUUUCAGAAAUACAUUAACCUCACAUUUCCGCAGCUUGCCCCGGGGCAAGCAGAUUUCAUCUUACCUUUCCGAAAAAUAUCUGAAUUCAGAGACUCUGGUGUAGAACUGUAAGAUCAACGUCCAUCAGGAAAGGCUCUCUGGAGAGUAGUGGAUUGACUCCAGAGAUACCAAUAUGUCCUAAGGGGAUGCGGAGGUGCUGGGGAAAAAGAAAUAAACCCACUGUAGAAUGAA